AAGUGAAGCUGGUUAUUGACAUACAUCAGAUAACAAUUGAGAGUAUGAGCGAAUUCUGAAACCAAAAGUUUCUGCUAGUUGACGACCCUCGAUUUAUUGUGUUUUAAGAGAGCAAGCUCAGCAAACACUCUCUAUUAUGCAAAGACUGAAUAAGCAGACUUUGGAAAUAGCAGUCGAAAUAAAACAACUUCAGGUAAAACAAAAAGAAAUAGACGAUGUAAUCAAGCAUCAAAGAUCAGUUGAAAAUAUCUUAUCGGGGAGCAAAGUUGAGUUAACCUCGGAGUUAAUAGAAUUACUCGAGAGCAAGUAUGUCGACAAAAUGAGUUUCGUGCUUCCAAAGGAAAUCGAUAACUUCGAAGUCGAGACCAAAAUCGAAAACAUACAAUUUCCAUCAGAAGGGGAAUCAAGCAAGACCUCAAUGAUUAAAGAAAUGGGAGGUUUUAACUUCAGACUUCAAUGCACUGUCGACAAAAAAUGGCUAGGCUUGUUUUUACUUGUCACUUCUAGCGAGCCGAAAAAAAUGUGGAAAAUUUCGUUGAAGUUUCAAUUCACUUUGGUGAGCUCGAAUUCAUCUAAGAGUGUGGCAACGAACAACUUUCAAACCCAAGAAUUCUCGAGCGAAAAGGGGAGAAGAAUUGGUUUUCCAAAUUUUAUACCCAGCAAAGAUGUGCAAAAUCCUAAGAAGGGGUUCCUCGCGGAACCUGCCACCAUUACGGUCAAAACUGCGAUAUACAAUUUUGAGCUCUGAAAUGUCUGCUACAUUAGAAUUUCUGGCAUACCGCAUCCAGUUUUCUGCGUCAAUAAACGAUUAGAUUAUGGAUUUUAAACUAGUAAAUGAAGGAAAUUCUAUGAUAUUCAUCUAUUAAUGGAAAACAAUCUAUGCUUCUUCUCUAGAAAUGAAAUCAAUGAUAGAAUAUAAUGCUGUAAACUUUAAACAAUUGUUCCAUCUUAAAAGAUUAAAUUAUCGCUGCGCUUUUCAAAAAACUUUUCGAAAGAGUAUGAUAACCAUUUCAACUUAACUUAUUCAAUUUUAAACGAUCGUAAAUCCUUUUUUGGCCCUACUGUCGCCGACCUUUCAUCUAUGUUGCUAAGGCUUUCAAUUUUUGAGCAGUUCUUGAACCAGUUUAAGCUCAUCGUGUCAGUGAAAAGCCCAGAGUGUUGCCUUAAAAAUAUUAGAUUAAAGUUAACAUCGAAACUGCGCUGUUUAAUUCAAAAAGCGACGUUUCUCAUAUAGCAAGCCUUCUUCAAUAAACAUUUUCACAUGUAAAAUUUGCUAACACAAAACUUACAUUAUGUGCUAAAUUAUAACGCUUGCAUUUGAAUGAAGGUUGUCUGUUUCUUUUGCUUUAUGCAGCCAAAUCUUGAUUAAAUUUAUAUGCGAAACUGAAACAAGUUGUU